AUGCAAAGAAGAAUAAUAAAUAAGGAACAAUUACAAGGAAUUUCUGAUAUUGUCAAUGAAGAUGAAUUUCUUGAAAUAUAUACUAUGCUCCCCCCUCGAUUACAAAUGCUUACUCCUGAACAAAUUUUUACUUCAAGUAUUGAUGGUUUAAGUUUAAAAACAUUAUAUUCAAAAUGUAUGUACCAUUCUUUGUUACUUAUUAUUUGUAGAAGAGGUAGUUAUAUAUUUGGUGUAUUUGUUGCUGAAUCAUUUGAAAUGAAGAAAGAUUUUUAUGGUAAUAGUGAAACCUUUUUGUUUACAAUAAAACCAAAGUCAAGAAAAUACUCUCACAUUCAAAAUAGUAAUCAUUUUAUUAUAAACUCAACACCAGAAGCAUUAAGUUUUGGAGGAGGAACUGGACAUCCAUCUCUUUCAUUUGACUGUUAUUUAAAUGUUAUAAGUCAAACAUCACCAACAUUUAAUAAUCCACCAUUAGUACCAAGAUCACUUGCAAGUCGUUGUGAUAGAGUUGAAGUGUACUCAUUCUGUUAA